AUGGCAAGAAGCAAAUUUGCUGAAUGUAUAGAGGACAUCAAAGCCAUAUCGUCGCCAGAAAACAAAGAUCAGAAGCUAUUGGUGCCAGCAUCAGCUUCUUUGUAUCUACCGGGCCGAGUUGUCGAUAACAACAAAUUCAUGGUAGACGUAGGAACCGGCUAUUAUGUUGACAAGAACGCUGACGAGGCAAUUGCCUUCUACGAGAAGAAGGUAGCGAAGCUUAACAAGGAAGCGGUGCAGAUACAGAACAUCAUCAAAGAAAAGAGCCAGUACUCGCUGGCUAUCGAAGACAAGAUUAGACAGGUAAGUCUGAGCCGCCACGAAGAGAUGGCCAGGCAGCAAAAGACUGCCGGAGCUGCCAAAUAG